AUGCCACCUGAGCCACUGGUCACACGACGUACACCUUCUCCUCCUCCUCCUCUCUAUUUCUCUUCUUCUUCUGCUUUAUCGUCUCCUUCUCCUCCUCUCUAUUUCCCUUCUUCUUAUUCUUUAACUCCUCUCCUCCUCCUCCUCCUCCUCCUCCUCCUCCUCCUCCGCCGCCUCCUCCUCCUCCUCCUCUCCAUUUCUCUUAUUAUUAUUCUUUAUAUCCUCUCCUUCUGCUCCUCUCCAUUUCCCUUCUUCUUAUUCUUUAUCUCCUCUCCUCCUCCUCCUCCGCCUCCUCCUCCUCCUCUCCAUUUCUCUUAUUAUUAUUCUUUAUAUCCUCUCCUUCUGCUCCUCUCCAUUUCCCUUCUUCUUAUUCUUUAUGUUCUUCUCCUCUUCCUCCUCCUCUCCAUUUCUCUUAUUAUUAUUUUUUCUUACUAUCUUUUCUUUUUUUCUGCUUUCUUUCUUUCUUUUUACUUUUUUCCUUCCUUUCUUCCUUCCUUUCUUUUCUUUCUUAAUUUGAUUUUUCUUUCUGUCUUCCGCCGUUCUUUGUUUCUUCCACUGUUCUUUCUUUCUUUCUUUCUUUCUUUCUUUCUUUCUUUCUUUCUUUAUACAUUCUUCUUUUCUUUCUUUCUGAUUUUUUCUUUCUUUCUGAUUUCUUUCUUUCUUUUUCUUACUUUCUUCCUUCCUUUCUUUCUUUUCUUUCUUAAUUUGAUUUUUCUGUCUUCCGUCGUUCCUUCUUUCUUCCACUGUUCUUUCUUUCUUUUUCUUUCUUUUUUGCUUCUAUUUCUUUCUUUUUUCUUUCCUCCAUUGUUCUCUCUUUCUUUCUCCCACUCUUCUUUCUUUCUUUAUUCAAUUGUUCUUUCUUCUUUAUUUCCUUCUUUGUUUUUACAUUCGUCCAUUCUUCCUUCUUACUUUCUUAAUUUGUUUUCUAUUUCUGUCUUCCGCCGUUCUUUCUUUCUUUCUUUCUUUCUUUCUUUCUUUCUUUAUUCCCCUUUUCUUUAUUUCUUUCUUUCGCUAUUCUUUCUUUCUUACAUUCUUCCGUUCUUUCCUCUUUCGUCCUCUCUCUCUCCCCCUUUUCCUCCUCCUCUUUCAGAUCAUACUUCUUUUUCUUCUCUCCUCGGAAAAAAGAGCGGGAAAAAAAGAGGAUCAGGUUUUACCUUUCCUCCUUUCCUCUACUUUUUUUUUUUUUGUUCUUCCUUACGCCAUUCAUUUUUCUUCAACCUCUCUCUCCUCCACAUCUACAUUCUCAUCUUAUACUACUCAGCCUCCAUCCAGUUAAUUUUCAUUCGUCAUUUUUCUUUUCUUCAUUCCUCUUCUUCUUCAACGCUGCUUUCCCUUCCAAAAUGA